UGCCGGGCGGCGGCGACACCGCGAGGGAACCGCCCCAAGCGCCGCCGUCCGCCAGGGGCGCGGCCGCUACCGGCCUCUCGGGGCAGCGCCGGGGGCUGGGGGCGCCGGCCCGCGCCCGAGGGCGGCCUGUCCGGGGAGGCCGCCUGGAUGUGGCCCUCGGCGGGCGAGGGCUGAUUUUAGCCUGAGAAACCUCACAAACCGCGGAGGCACCGCGCCCGCCCCCGGCCUCGCCUCGGUCGCCUCCGAGAGCGCCGCCCGCCCGCGGUGCCGGGGCGAGGCCGGCCGCGCCGCCCCGGGGUCCUGGGGCCUUGUCGCCACGUCCCCGCGGGGGUGGCUGCCACGUGGCCCCCACGCCUCGCUCAAGCCUGGGCGGCGGUGCGGGGUGCGGGGCCGGGCCGCAAGGGCGCGGCAGGCCGCGGAGCGGGCCGGAACCUUUGCGAGGCGGAACGGGAGCGGCGGGGGCAGGCGCGCGGCCGGCGCUGUGUGCGGGGUGGCGCCGGGGAGCGCUCAGCGGCGCACCAGGGCUGCCCGGGGACGGGAGUCAUGUUGGCGGCGGCGAUCCGGCGGCUCGGUGGGGCCUGCGCGGCGCCCGGCGGCGCCUGGCUCAGUUCGUGGCUGCCCCAGACAGUUCAGUUUCGAGGAAGUCACUGGCAGACUUCAUUACUGGCAUUUAAGGCAUCUCUCCCCAUGAGAGUACAACCAAAGAAGAAGAAGAAAGUAGAUAUAAAGAGAGAGCAAGCACAGAAGGAUCGUAUGAAGAAGAAAAUAAGGAAGCUGGAAAAAGCUGCCCCAGAAAUGAUUCCAAUUGAGGAUUUUAUAACACCGUCUAAAUACUCAGAAAGCAACAGAGUGCGAAGUCUUCCACCUCUGUCUUUUGAGGAGACUGAAAGAAGAGUUCUCCUUAUGAAAAAGUGGUCUCUGUAUAAGCAGAAACAAGAUGAGGCAGAGAAGAAAGCAAUUCAGACUCUUGUAGCGGCUCAACAAGAGGCACUAAAGGAACUGCGCCUUGAAUCAGAGGAGUUAUAUCAAGCGGCAAUAAAACGAGAUGAGGGACUUUUUCCCUUUGAGAGAGAUGGACCUAAUUACACCCCACCACUUCCUGGUUAUGAUCCUCCUGAAGGAAAAUGCAUUGAUAUCACCAAGGUGUAUACACAGUGAGAUGGGAAGAGUUUAUUGUUCACCUGGUAUGAGCUGCUCAGCUGGCUGAAGAAGAAAAGAACAGAAUGAGAAGGAAUGAUUCCUUUUGUAGUUCAAAACCCUGUAGGUGUGUGACUGUAAUAACAAAAAACAAAAACCCACCACGAUGCAAUGUCUGUUUUCCUUUUAAAACCAACCAUCUAGGUAAUAAAUCAUCCAGCAAAACUGUA